CUGUGGGGCUCCUUCCUUGCAACCCCCCUGCUGCCUGUGGGGUGGGGAGGGGACAGUCCCCAGGCUCAGCCCAGGGGGUCCCUACAAGCUUCUGCCUGCUGUCAUUGCAUGAGGUCCCCCCUGGAGAGCCGAGGGCUGAACCAAAGGGGUGAUGCUCUUUGGGAACCCCUCUCCAGUUCCAGACUGGUUUAGCACCCAAGGGUGCUGGUGGGGCAGCCAGGGCUGGGGGGUGACAUCGGUGCCGGGCUCUUCUCCCCAGCGGUGUCCCUAAGGCCACCGUGGGGUGCUCUGUGCAUGCAGUUUUGGGGCGCCUGUCCCACAUGGACAUCAGGGCGCGCAGGAUGGUGCUGGCAUCGCCCACCUCCCAUGGGUCUGCUCCCAAGGAGCGGGGUGAUGGAUUUGGGAUUUCUCUGCCAACUUUGCUGCUGUCGUGUCCUGUGGGCUCUGGCACCCUCCUGUGGCUGUUUGCCACCUCUCCGGUGUCCCACGGGUUUUUUUGGGUGCUGGGCACCACAGGCGAGGACGAGGGUCUGGGCACCCUGAUCUGUCCCUGUGGGGUGGCAGGAGGGGACUGGGCACCGCUGGCAGCCCAAAUUUCCAAGCUUUUGGCUGAUGGAGGUAGGAUGCCCCUUCUUUUGGGGAGCAGGGGAUGAGGUUACCCCAUACCAACCCUGGGGGGGCUCCUGCCCUGCCCCUUAGGGCUCCUGGCAGGGACUGGGCACUCCGGCUGUGCCUGGCCGGCUCGUGCCUGCGCACCCUUUCCGUCUCCAAGGGAGCAGAAGCUAUAAUUUCCAUCACGUCCCUUUUUCUUCGCUUCCUCCCCCAUUAAUAAGAGAUGAAGCUCAUGAGAUAAUAGAGCCGGGAUGGACGCGGAGCUGCCAUCCUGCAGGCACGGGGGGUGGAAGCGAUGCGGAGCAGGGAACCGCGGCUGGGGAAAUGGGGCUCGGGGAAGGGACGUGCUUGCCAGGAGGCACGGAGCAUCUCGGGCUGGCUCUGGGAGCCGGGAAAUCCCACUGCUGCCACGCGCCAGACUCUCUCCUGGCUCUGACACACCGUGCAAACCAGCAGCUCGCUGCCAGCCCCAGCUUUGGAGCGAGCAGCUCUGAGUCCGGGCAGCGUGGGAGCCUGAAUCCUCUUUUUCCCAUCCUUGCACCUCCUCUCCUUCGCUGUGUGGAGCCCGCUGGAGGUACCCGGGGAUGCAGGAUGCUCGCCGUGAGGGAUGCCUGGGGAUGUGGGAUGCUCGCUGUGCCGGAUGGAUGAUGCCUGGGGAUGCAGGAUGCUCGCCGUGAGGGAUGCCUGGGGAUGUAGGAUGCUCGCUGUGCCAGACAAAUGAUGGCUGGGGAUGCAGGAUGCUCUCGGCACCUGGUACCAAGGAUGGUACCCAAGGUACCCAAGGCUGCAGGACGCUCUCAGCGCUGGAUGGGUGAUGCCCAGGGAUGCCGGACGCUCUCCAUUUCAGCUCCCCUCCGGAAGGAGCAUCCUUUGGAGAGAGGCGGCCCCGGGAUGCAGCAGUGCCUCAUUGGCCAGCGGGACCUGUGGAGCCUGCGGGUUGCCAUACCAACCUGCCUCGGCUCCUGGGGCGAGCUGGUGCCAAGGGGCGGACCACGAGCCGGGGGCAAGCCGGGGCUCUGCCAGCCAGGAGGUGCCCGCCUGCCUCUCCCCGAGGCUCCCCAGCCCCGAGCAUCCCCCGGCUGCUGCUCCCCACCUCUCCCUGCACCCUUUUUGCAGAGGGGGCAGCGGGUUGGCACGGCUCCAGGGGUCUCACCCUGGCACCCCACUGCCUGCCCUGCAGCUGAGGCUGAGCUUUGGUGCACCUCCGCCUGGGGAGAGCCAUCCCUGGUGGCUUUUUGGCUGGCAGCCCGGCCUCCCGGGACCAUCCCGGCACAAAACUUCCCGGCUGCCUGCCUGCCACCCGGGAGCAGGGCCUGGAGGCUGCCGCGCUGCCGCUGCCCUCCCCGCAGGGCUGCUGCACCUGCCGCUGAUGCCCACGGGCUCGCUGCGGGCUGGGAAGGCUCUGUCCUGCCCCGGGCAUCGCCGGGCGCUCGGAGGAGCCGGGGGCUGUUUGGUGGCUGGGUUUGGGGGGGUUGAGGCCGGGUCCCUCCCCAGCGCUGCGAGCUGGAGCCAUGAGCCAGUGCCAGCAGCGCUGCAAGAGGCAGCUGGGCCGAGUGAUCCGCUCCUUCUACCAGUUCGUCACCGGGACCCUCUCCCAAGACAGUGUCGAGGAUGAGUUUGAGCUCUCCACCGUCUGCCACCGCCCUGAGGGGCUGGAGCAGCUCCAGGAGCAGACCAAGUUCACCCGCAAAGAGCUGCAGGUCCUGUACCGAGGCUUCAAGAACGAGUGCCCGAGUGGCAUCGUUAACGAGGAGAACUUCAAGCAGAUCUACUCGCAGUUCUUCCCGCAGGGAGACUCCAGCACGUACGCCACCUUCCUCUUCAACGCCUUCGACACCGACCACGACGGCUCCGUCAGCUUCGAGGAUUUUGUGUCCGGGCUCUCCAUCAUCCUGCGGGGCACCAUCGAUGACCGCCUGAACUGGGCCUUCAACCUCUACGACCUGAACAAAGACGGCUGCAUCACCAAAGAGGAAAUGCUGGACAUCAUGAAGUCCAUCUACGACAUGAUGGGCAAGUACACCUACCCGGCCAUGCGGGAGGAGGCACCGCGGGAGCACGUGGAGAACUUCUUCCAGAAAAUGGACCGGAAUAAAGACGGGGUGGUGACGAUCGAGGAGUUCCUGGAGUCCUGCCAGAAGGACGAGAACAUCAUGCGGUCCAUGCAGCUCUUCGACAACGUGAUCUAGCUCCCGGACCUGCCUCCAGCCGAGCUCUCCUGCCACCGGGCCCAGAACCUGCUUCUCUCUCGACUUCUCCUUCGAGCCUCCCCGCUGCCACCCGGAGAUGUGGUCGGCACCGGGACGUUCCCUCCCCCUGGGCCAUCCCCGCUUUCCUCGGGGGGCCCCACGCAGGUGCCCCCAGGCACUGGAGUGUGGGCAUGACUGGCACAGGGCAUGCAUCUGGCCUGGGCGAGCAUCCUUGCACCCGAUCCCAGAGGGAAUGCUGUUUUAGGGGCUCCCCCGUGCACAGCAUCCCGGGUAGCCACGGCCCCCACACCGCAACCCUCCCCGGGAGCCCCAGCACUGGCUCCAGCCCAAACCCCAAAGCACCACUGUCUAGGAACUAAUAAAGAGUCUUGCAGCGGGCAUCAGUGCCUCAGCUUUCCCCUUUCCCCCCCCCCCAGCCGUGUCCUGUACGUGAGACAGGAGCCACCCUGCUCUCCUGUCCCUCUCCUUGCCCACCCAGGGGUAAUCACAGCAUGAGCUGUGGGCAGCAAACCCUGCUCCUGGGGGACCUGGUUAGGGUUUUGGUGGGGGGAGAAGGGGGCUGGGGAUGGAGCAGGGUGCUGGGACUCCCUGUGUUGUCACCGACAGCUCCUGGGAGCUGGGUGCGUGUAGGUGAGCCUGUCCUGCUCGUGUACACCUCUAAAUCCUAUCCGGGAUGGGGAUGCUACAGGCUAAUGACCCCACACCAACCCCUCUGUGCAACCCCAUGGGUUUUGGGGACGUGCCCAAGCUCUGCCGCUCCAGCCCCGUGUCCCGAGCAGCUGAUGGGCAGCUGGGAUGGAUGGGGACGGGGCCAGCAAGGCCAGCAUCUGGCCGGGCCCCACACCCAGGCCGAGCCCCUGGUGUCAGGGCUCAAAGCGCCCUACGGGGCCCUGAUCUAUGGGGCUGACCCCCACCGGGCCCGCUCCUGGCCCAGCCCUCGCAGACGUUGCUGUGGUUUUUUAGGUUCAUUCGCCACGUUGUUCAUCUCACCGCCCUGCUCCCGGCUGGGAGGGAGGGCAGGUACCCCGACCCCGACCCCAACCCCUCCUGUCCCCCCCCUCAUGGAGCAGAUGCCUCCUCCCUCACGCUGCAGUCGCAUGGCGUGACCCCCCCCCCCUCAGCCCCAGGGCAUGGUGACCCACGACCCGCUUGGCAUCUCCAGUCUGUAUAUUUUGUAUUAUAAUAAUAUUAUGGGUUAAAAAAAAAAAAAAAAAAA